AUGGCGCUGCUGGAGAGUCGGAGUCGCAGCGAGGAAUCCCUGAAACUGACGGCACACCCAGAAGGCUUCGGCAACCUGCUGAAGCUCACGGAGGGCAUCGGCUUCCGGGCCACGAUCUUCAACCUCUCCAACACAAUCAUUGGUGGAGGGAUCUUGGGCUUGCCCUUCGCAAUGGCCAAGCUCGGCCUGGUGCUGGGCAGUCUUCUGCUGAUAGCGAUGGCCGCAUUGGGCAUCGUCUCCGCGUGGAUGCUUCUGAUCGCAAUGGAAGAGGUGCGGCAAAAGUCAUACGCAGAGGUCGGAAACGUCCUCUUCGGGCAGGCAGCGGCAGUCUGCAUUGAUUCGACCAUUGCUCUGUACAAUAUCGGAGUUUUGGUGUCUUACGUUAUGAUUCUGGGGGACAUACUGCCAGCUUUCAUGCACUUCAUUGGUGCUCCUGCCAUCCUCCAGCAGCGAACCAUUCUUCUCGUCGCCUGCGGAAUUUUCGUCCUAUGGCCUCUGAGCUCCAUGCCCAGUAUGGGGCACUUAAGGCACGCGUCUCUUGUCUGCCUCUUGAUGAUCGCGCUCCUCACCGUCUCGCUCGUGGCACUUGGGGAGCAGACUCACGAGAUGCAGGCACCUGAGCAGCUCAGGUAUGGUUGUGAAAGCACCACGGGUGUCAUGACACAGCUCCCGGUCCUGAUCUUUGCUUAUACCUGCAACAUGAAUGUGCCCAUCUUUUACAGCGAGCUGCGUGCGCAGAAACAUGAGCAUAUCGACAGCAAGUUUAAUACCAAACGGGAGAAGAUGAUGUGGGCCACAUACUGGAGUUUCGGCCUCUGCUUUCUGGCGUAUUCCCUCGUCGCGCUCUAUGGAUAUGGAGCGUUUAGAGGUCAAACAAAGCCAGAUAUCCUGACGAAUCUGCAAAGUUGGAAUUUUCCGUUAGCCCCCUAUGUGAAGGUGGCAUACUCGCUGGUUAUGUUCACUUCGUACCCGGUGAUGGCUUUCAGCUGUGUUGCUUCCAUCUACCGAUUGUUCUGGGAGUUCUGGUCGUUCUUCCAGCCCGAGGACCAGGUCUACGCCCGCUUCGAGGCCAGCAGCCCCUCUGCCGCCUUCGCCGCUUUGGAGGAGGAGGAGGAGAUCUCACCCAAGGUGUUUUCCACCCCGUACCAGUGGCCCCAGGAGUCGAAUUUGCGGGAGGCUUCGGACUUCCAGCCCAAGGCUCGUCGGAGUCCACCUCCCCAGCCCAGUGCAGUCGUGCGCCAGGGUCUCGUGAUUGCCAUUGUCGUGAGCACGGUGUCUGCCGGGAUCAUCUUGCCAGACCUCUCGGUUGUCUUCGGUCUCACAGGAGGCUUCUGCGGAGGCUUGGUCAGCUACUGCUAUCCUGGGGCUUUCUAUGUGCGCGUGGCGAGGAAGAAGGGCGAGCGCCUGCCAUGCGGGGCCUGGUUGGGUCACAUUCUGCUCUAUUUCGGGCUGCUAGCAGGCGUGGCUCAGUCGCGACUCCGAAAACUGGAGCAACAGACCGGGUCUCAAAUCGAGGUUCACGUGUUGGGAGGCCGAACAUCUGGAGUGCACCAGAUGACUAUUGCCGGUACAAGGUCCGGGAAUGCCUUGGCCAUCCUCCACCUGCAGGAGAUGUUUGCAGAGCACCUCAAGCCGGGCGGAAGCGCUGCUGCCCGCAUGGCCCGUGAGCGAGCCGAGCGUGCCGAGAAAGGCGAACGCCUGGAGCAUGCAGAUCCGAAGCCGCCGCCGAAUCCAAAGUUGGUGUUGAUGCCGACCUUGGAGCCCUUCCACUGCUCGGACAGGGGUUGCAAGUUCAACCUCGUUCUGAAAUGUUCAGAGGACUUCACCCUGACACACUUCUACAUCAGUGGACCUGGGCCGAGAUGCACGGAACCAAUCAGGAGCGGGCUGGUCUGGGUCUGCAGCGACUUGCCGAAGGAUUUGGAAAUGACAGACGUCUACGACGAUUUGAGACCAGAUGAACUGGAAAGCCACCAACCGGUGGAUGAGGACCGAGGUGGCAGUUGCACCAAUGAGUCGUCAUCGACUUGGGACCCGCAUCCGCCCUGCCUUCGCUUCCAGACGGACGUGGAGUCCCGCGAAGCGGAAGUGGAACUGCAGAGGUGGCAAGAGGGCCGUUAUGUGAUCGUUCGCUUCCUGGACACCCACUUCGCCGAGGAGCAGGUCAAUGUGGAUGUGGGCAUGAUCGGCCUCGUCGGCCACUUCGGGCGCUGUGGUCGGCAUCAGGUGCCGGUCGGGCCCUGGAUGCGAAGGCGUGUGCAGCAGGCCUGGGUCCAUGCCCGCCCGUUGCAGCGGACGUUCUCCUCCGGCGGCUGGGUUUGUGACGGCCGGGACUUCACGGGCGGAUGCCGUGCUAGUCUGACGGAUUUUCACCAGACGACCAUGUACAACUCGCGCUUUCACUGCUCCGUCACAGGCUUCGACCUUUGCGAGGCAUGUGCCCACGACACUUCCCUGGGCAAGGUAACAGAUGCCUCGGUCCAGGCAGACAUUGAGGCUUUGCAAAGCGCAUCUACCUGCAAGCUGGUGGGAACUCGCCUUCGGAAUCUUUGGAAGCGGAACUGGCUGCAUGCCAUUCCUAGGUAUUUUCGACAUGGGCUGCUGCAGCGUGUGAUGGCUUCUCUGCAGAGCUGCCUCGAUCACCUCACGCAGUCCGGAAGAGCCCGGGCCAUCCUCGAAGAGGAGGCCAGCGGGCGAAGUCGCGGGAGGCUUGCAAGCACCGGCACGGUGUUACACCCAGAUCCGCAGCAGAGCGCAGCACUUCGUGCCUUGCUGCAGCUUGUUUCCGACCUCGUGCACAGCAUCCUCGUGGGUGUGCGGCCUGGGUGUGACAUCCAGGUGAACGAUCUGGCUUGGGCACCAGUAGUCUCUGAUGUUCAUGGUCCGCCUUGCCGCUGGGAAAGGUGCCGAGUGAUCAGCCUGCCCCCGAACUUCCCGGCUGUAAAUCCCUCUUCGACCUGUCCAAGCCUGGAGGAGGACGACGACAUGGAUGCUUCCGGGGUGGCCAGUGCUUCCUUCCUGGUCUCGUCCAGGGACUGGAAAGGGAAGCGACAAGUUCAGGCAGAGAAUCUUUGGAAAGUCACCAAGCAGCUCAACGAUGAAGAUGUGGUCAUCACUACUGCGGGACUCCUGACCGAAGUUCGCCGCGGAGCGCACUGUGAUGUAAACGAGGUGCGUCGUCUUGUAUGUCACUCCGCAGACCUUUCAGCCGCGAACGCGGAGGGACAGACGGCGCUGCUCGGUGCUGCCAAAAGCGGAUGCUCGUAUCAGGUCUUCACAUUGCUGCUGGAAGCGCGCGCUUGCCCUGACCAGUCUGAUCGCAGUGGCCAGACUGCUCUUCAGCUUCUGCAAAAGACAAUCACUUUGGGAAGCUCAAUGGACGAGGUCUCCAAUGCGGAGCAGUGCACGCAGCUGCUGCGACGUCAUGGUGCUGAGCCAUGCGCAUCCGAGCCACCGUGCGGUCUUCCUGAAGUCGUGGCUUCUUUGGAGGAGGACUUGGCGACGGAGGUUUUGGGCCCACUCCUGGCCUUGCGCGGGACCUCCAGCGCCUUGCAAGGUUUCCGGCCGCCUCCACUUGAGGCCUUGGAGACUGCGCUGCUGCUCGUCCGGUCCUUGCCGGUGUACGCUUUGCAGCGGGCCCUCUUCCAGUCACAGGAUUCCAACUCCUGCAUGGACUUCCUCAACGGCUUCCUGUGUCGAGCAAUUGAGGGCACCUCAGGCGCUACUUCUGCCCUCUACGCCAUGCGGCUCGCAAGAGCCCUCAAGGCUAGAGCCCUCGAAGAACCACGACUCCUGACCACGCUCUGCCGCCACGGGGUGUACCGCUGGGCAAAGCGGCUCAUCGCAACCCGGGAUCCACAACAGGCUGGAUGCUUUGGGCCGCCGCUGGCGCAGGAGAAGGCGGUCCCCAACGAGGACCUCCUCCGUGAAGCAACGUCUCUUUGUGAAGAGCUGGCAAGCCUUGCGUCUGUGGGCCCACUGACGAAGCCACGGGCGCUGUCAGGAGCUGUACGGCUCCUGGACCAAGCCUGUGCUGGUAGUGAUGCACGGGCCAUGAAGCAGGCCCUUCAGGCAGUUCGAGACCUGCUGUUCGGAGUUGGCUGCGACAAGUGCACGGCCUUCGAACUUGAGUCCGUCAACUUCGCAGGUCGGCUCUUGCGGCUCCUCCAAGGCUCGGGAAAGCUCCAGCAAGACCACUGGGCGAUCUUUGAGGAAGUCUUCCAGCUCCGAGAGCCCAAGGCUCCGAAGGCGGCGAUGCGACGCCUUCUGGAGGUCUUGCAAGCCAUGGUUUGCACAGCGGAGUGCUUUCCUAUCUGGCGAUACAAGCGCGAUCGAGGCUUGAAGGCGCUCACGGAGCCCGUGCAGCUUCGCCUGGAGCACUGGCAGUGUUCUUCCAAGGAGGUCUCGCAAAAGGGUCGCUUGGGUCGGGAUGUCGUCUCGGUCAUGGUGGAACCGCUGGUCUCACUGAGUGAGAUCCUCCGCUACCUCCUCCGAGUCACUCCCGUAGUCACCGAGGAAUACCUCACAUUCUGUCACACACUCGUGGGCUGUUCUCUCAGAGACACAGCGUCUGGUGAGGUGGUGAAGGUGUUGUCUUUCGAGCUUCUGCUCACCGACUGUCCUGUGCCCAUUCACACCGUGCAAUGUGCGGCCGGAGAGACACAGCGGCUUCUUCUUUCAUUGCGUGACUACGAGUAUGCGGUUUCGGAGGGCCGCUGCCCGGCCGCGGAGUUCAAAGCCUCGUUAUCUGCCCUCCACGCCAUUGGAGGCAGCCACCAGUACGCCAAGCUGUUGGACGAGCUCGACGAACAUUUGAGAACGGGAAACGUCGAGCCCAGCGAGGAGUCCCCCGAUCGCGAGGUGCGGAGGCGGAGCAGAGACAUCCGGGGAGGCCGGCGUCUGUGCACCUCGGACUCGGAGGAGGACGCUGGAACGACCAGCAGCAGCAGCUCAGGUGCAGAGGUACGUCGUCGAGGCACCAAGAGAUGUGCUGAGGCGGCUGCAAAGCACGACAGCAUUGCAGGGGAAGCCUUCAAGAGAGCUGUUCAGGCUGCCCGGGCCUGUGACCAGGCGACCGAGGUGCUGCACACAGAGCGUCGACGCGUGGCGGCGGCCAUGCUGGCGCUGAAUGCAGGAGACAUGCCUGGCAUGUCCAGCGUAGACCCGGUCUCCCGCGUCCACUCGGUAACGCUGGCGGUCCCGGAGGAGAUCCCUUUGGACGUGUUUUGGCCAAUGGUUCAAGAGGACAUCAUGGGCGCUGUGCAGGAGUUCUAUCCGCGCGGCGUGCCUCCGCAGGUCCAAGAGGUCUUGCAGACGGGGACUCCCAAAGAUGGUGCGAUCCCGGUGGCACAGCGUCUAACGCUUGAGGAGGCCGAGAUGCUGGCGGCACGCCUGGCACACCUGUCCCAGACGGCCGUGGCUGUGGACCUAAGCGCCGUUCAAGAGUUGAAGCGCCUUCCUCGGCGACAGUCCGGCGAAUCCGAGGAUUCCCGUGAUGUUCGCUGGGCCCAAUUCACUCCACGACAAGGACGCCAGGCGGCACCUCCGACAGCACCUGCUGUGGCUGCACGAGUUCGCUUGCGCUCGUCACCAGAUGGCUCGGAUUGGAUCUCCGGAGUGGUGGUGGGACAUGGACCGCCAAAUGCGCCCUGGCGCUGCAGCAACGGCAGCAGACAGUCCUCCGUCGAAGCACUUCUCGACAUAGUGGACGACCAGGGGCUUUUGUGGGAGCAGCUGCCACCGACGCAAGUGAAGCUUCCAGCGGUGCAGAAAGGCAGCGGAGGCACGACCAGUAUGCCACAUGGGGCAGAAAAUCGCCCAUUCCUGGAAACUCGUCGCCUGCCUCCGCCACCUCCGGUUGCACGCGAAGUACCUCCUGCCCAACAGCGGAGUCGAGAAUCAUCGCGGGAAGAGGUGCCCUUCCUCCAGCCGCUGGAGUUGCCACAGCCGCCACCGCCGCCGUUGGCUCAGCCUUUCAUUCCAGUCGGAAGUGCGCAAGUGGAUGAGGCCAUCGUGCAGCAAAUCGAGCAAGAGGAGCCACCGACCCCCGUGCUCGCGGUGCAGGAACAAGAGAUGAUGCAAAUCGAGGAGGAGACUCCUAGACACAGGCAUCGCAGACGAAGCAGGAGCCGAAGUGGCAGCAGGAGCCGCAGUCGAUCCCGCGCCCGCAGCCGCAAGGCAUCGGAGAACCUGGCGCACCGGAGGUUCGAAUCGAGCAGCGAAGCCUCUGGGCCCUCGCACCAGGAGGAGGAAGGUGCAGCACGGGCACGGCAAGGCCACAGCCGUGGACGACGAGCAGCGGAUGCAAUCGACUUCGACAAGGCCAUCGGCGCUCCCAUGCUGGAGAUCAGCAGGAUCGCGACGAGCCUUCGCGCUUCCAAUGAGGAGUCAGAGAAUAAGGCCGUCCAGACCCCACGCAAUCGUGCAGCCAAAGGCGUUUUGGCGGAUGUCCUGCGAGGGGAGCUGCCGAGUUUCGCACGCGCUGCCGACUCUCAGGACCCGACCACGCUGCUUGGACAUCCGGUGGCUCUGCGCCUGGGGAGGGAGGAUCUCCAGGAAGACGACGAGGCCAUGGAGGCGAAAGAAGCCAUGUGGCUGCAACCGCCGAAGUUCCAGGUGCGCCUCGGUCUGCCGCCUCGCAAGGAGAGCAAGGCCUUAGCAGCGCCCGCCCUUCCAGCUGAUUGGAGCCUCUUGAAAACCAUGCAGUUUCUGCAGGAUCACCAGAGCACUUCGAUGGAAGGAAAAUUCCAUGAGGAGAAGAAGUUGCAGAGCAACCACGCCUUCCCACGUCGGGCAGCGGAGAAAGUGCCGCUGGAGAACUGGUUUGUCGGGUAUUUCCUCGAAACAAUCGAUGCUGAACCGGCAGUGGGAGACGAGCUGGCAACCAACUCGUUCGAUAUGGAAUCGUUCGCUUUGCCGCCUUUGGCAGACUCGGAGCCUUCGACCACAGCCUCGGGACCCUCGGAGCGAUCGCUGUCCAUGCUUCCACCACUGUCUUUGCCAUCGACGCCAGUCACUGCGAGCCCGGGGCGCAGUCCGGCGGCCUUGGCGCCGCAGAGCCCUUGGAGCCCCUGGAUGAGCCCCCGGCAGAGCCCCGCAGGGCCCAGCACCAAGCGACUGCGGCGGGCGAGCUCACAGACGUUCGCGGAGGGCUCUCCGAGCUUCGUCGCGAGGGACCUGUACCAGUCCCCGACUUUGCAUCCUGCCGGUGAAGAGGGCGGAAUCACCAUCCAAGGUGCAGCACCACCGACGGAGAUCCGCCGCCUUUUGAGGCAGUGCAUUGCACACAGCACUGGUGCAGACGAAGAAGUCCUCGAAGCUUUCGAGCUCCUCGCCGUCCUCUGGCAACAGGCUGGUCAGGUCAGUGGACUGAGUUGGAUCAAUUGCAAGCUGGACUGGAAGUUGAGCCAUCAGCUGGAGGAUCCUCUCAGCGUUUCGAGUGGGGCUUUACCUUUAUGGGCAACGACGCUGCCACGGGCUUGCCCUUUCCUCUUUAGCCUGCAGACUCGAAAGAUGCUCUUACGCUACACUGCACUUGGGCCAUCGCUCGCUGUGCACUGGGCGCAAGAGAGCAAGGUUGGGCCAUACCUGCGUCGCCGCAACUCCCUGCCGACGGAACUGGGUGCAGCAACACAGGGCGACCCGCGCAAAGUCGAGGAGCUCUUGCAAGAAGUGUCGAACAUCGAGGAUCAUGUGGUCAGAUCCGACUUCUGGCUCGGUGCGUUGCAGAGCACUCUACUUCGCCUUCAGCGCAAUUCAGGCCGUCCCGACAGCCCGAUUUGCGAUGUUACCGGGGAGCGAAGCGCGGAAGAUCACGCGGACGAGCUCCUACUGCAGCAGGCCGAAGCUGCGAUGGAGCGAAUCGCCCCAUCGGACCGCCUCCUGGAGGUGCAGUUUGACACGGAGACGGGCUUCGGCAGCGCCGUGACCCGGUCUUUUUAUGCAGAGGUUGCCAGGGCACUGCAGAACAGGGCCACGAACCGAAAGGUUCCCAUGUGGGUCGAGGAUGAUUCGAGCAGCAGCGGCAGCAGUGGCAGCGGUGGCGGGUCCAGUCAGCACCUACGCUGCCGCUCUGGGCUGUGGGUGCGUCCCCUGCCACAAUCCAGCCCACUGAGGGAGGCUGCCGAGCGCCGUUUCCGCUUCCUGGGCCGCCUGGUGGGGCGUGCAUUAAAGGACGGCUUCAUUGUCCCACUGCCACUGGGAGAGGUCUUCUUUGCCCGGACUCUCUUGGGCCAGAAGCCCGCCAAGCUGCACGAGAGCAGCAUGCGAGAACCGUUGGCAGCGUUGCCAAGGCCUGGAGCGGGCUGCGCCGGAGAGCUUUGCGGCACCUUGGCCGAUUUCGUUGCUGCGCUGAAGUCGGGCGAGGAAGCUUUUCGCCGCAAGCGGGAAGAGGCAGGUCUGGGCAGGCCUCCGGCUGAAGAGCUGCGGAGCUGGCGCAGAUCUCAGGGUCGGGAGCGCGACUUCACCACACGGUUCCUGGCAGCAGGAGCCAUCCCUGAGCCAAUGUCUUUCGAGGACUACAUGUCCUUAGUUGGUGUCAGCUUCUUGGAGACGGGCCUCAGUGGUGCUCCUUUGUGUCCGGGUGGUGCUGAUCGAGCUGUCACAGUCGACAAUGUCGAGGAGUUCGUCGAACUCGCCCACGCUUACUGGUGCGAUGAUGGAGUAAGGGGUCAGCUCACAGCCUUCCGAGAGGGCUUGGACGAGGUCAUACCCGUAGAGUGCUUCAGUGCCUUCAGUGCUCUGGAGCUACGCGACAUGAUAUGUGGGGAAGACUCCGUGGAGUGGGGCGAGCAGGAGCUACUGGAUCAUUUGCGUCCAUCAGGUGGCCUCACUGAACAAUCGCCGGCAUACCAACACUUGGUGGCUGUCUUGCUGGACAUGGAUCAGGUGAACCGAUCUCGCUUCCUCGAUUUCGUUUCAUCUUGCCCGCGAUUUCCACCCGGAGGUAUCGAUUCCUUCCACGUGGACGUGUUCCCUGACUCGACUGCAGGACGUGGAUUCCCACGAUCGCGCGCCUGCGCCAACCAGCUGUAUUUGCCCCUGUACAGAUCCAAAGAGGAAUUAAGGGAGAGACUCCAUGAGGCGAUGCAUGGUUCUGCUGGACAUCAUGAACAGGAGCAACGUAUCCUGGCAUCAUGA